AUGUUUGAAGACAGCUAUGAAGGAAUGAAAGGGUUUGAAGCACAUAUCACUAUGAAAGACGGGGCAAGGCCAGUGUUUGUUAAGCCACGUAAAGUUCCUUAUGCACUGAAAGAGGCUGUAGAAGCAGAGUUAGGAAAACUUGAGAGACAUGGUGUGAUAAAAAAACUGAGAGGACAAAGUGGGCAAGUCCAGUACUAG